UCCACAGAGAGAGGGACACACAGGGACAGACAGGACAGACAGGGACAGAGGGACAAACAUGGGAAACACCGACUCUAAACUGCACUUCAGGAAAGCUGUUAUCCAACUCACCACCAAAACUCAGCCCGUGGAAGCCACAGACGACUCGUUCUGGGAUCAGUUCUGGGCCGAGACGUCCACCAGCGUCCACGAUGUCUUCGCUCUGGUGCCGGCGGCCGAGAUUAGAGCCGUGAGGGAGGAGUCUCCGUCCAACCUGGCAACCCUCUGCUACAAGGCAGUGGAGAGGUUGGUCCAGGGCGCAGACUCAGGAUGUCCGUCAGACAAAGAACGUCAGGUCGUCCUCAACUGCACUCGUCUUCUCACACGGAUCCUGCCGCACAUCUUCGAGGACGCAGACUGGAGAGGAUUCUUCUGGUCCACUGUUCCCGGUGCGGGCAGAGCCCGGCAUUUGGACGAGGACGAGGACGCUGAAGCUCGGCCUCUGGCUGAGUCGCUGCUGCUGGCCGUCACCGACCUUCUCUUCUGUCCAGAUUUCACCGUCCAGAGCGACAAGAGGAGUGGCCAGGACACAGUGGAGGACGUCCACUCCAUAGACAGCUGUGAGUACAUCUGGGAGUCCGGGGUCGGCUUCGCUCAGUCGCCUCCUCUGAACUACGUCUAUGACCUGAACAGGACGGAGCUCCUGAAGCUGCUCCUCACCUGUUUCUCUGAGGCCAUAUACCUGCCUCCGUUCACUGACGCCAAAAACCUCAACCCCUGGGUCUCCUUCUUCUGCUCCAUGGAAAACCGACACGCCCUCCCUCUGUUCACCUCCCUCCUCAACGUGGUCUGUGCCUACGACCCCGUCGGCUACGGCUUCCCCUAUAACCACCUGCUGUUCUCUGACCACCGGGAGCAGCUGGUGGAGCAGGCGGUCCAGAUCCUCAUCGUCACCCUGGAACACGAAGGCGGUUCGGCUGCCGGCACCGCCGUCCAGGUGCUGGACGCCACUGCAGCUGUGUCCACGGCGGAGUCCGUUGGACCUGACAACCUCUUUGUGAACUAUCUCUCUAGGAUCCACAGAGAAGAGGACCUCAGCUUUAUUCUGAAAGGACUGGCUCGGCUGCUCAACAACCCGCUGCUGCAGACAUACCUACCCCGGUCCACGAAGAAGAUCCAGUUCCACCAGGAGCUGCUUAUCCUCUUCUGGAAGUUCUGUGACUUCAACAAGAAAUUCCUCUUCUUCGUGUUGAAGAGCAGCGACGUGUUGGACGUGUUGGUUCCUGUCCUGUUCUACCUGAACGACGCCAGAGCGGAUCAGUCUCGCGUUGGUCUCAUGCACAUCGGCGUCUUCGUCCUCCUGCUGCUGAGCGGCGAGAGGAACUUUGGCGUCCGCCUGAACAAAGCGUACACGCUGCGCGUUCCGAUGGACAUUCCCGUUUUCAGCGGAAACCACGCCGACCUGCUUAUCGUGAUCUUCCAUAAGAUAAUUACCAGUGGACACCAGCGUCUCCAGCCGCUCUUUGACUGCCUGCUCACCGUCAUCGUCAACAUUUCACCGUAUCUGAAGAGCUUGUCCAUGGUCGCGGCCAACAAGCUGCUGCACCUACUGGAGGCCUUCUCCACGCCGUGGUUCCUGUUCUCGUCUCCUCAGAACCAUCACCUGGUCUUCUUCCUGCUCGAGGUCUUCAACAACCUCAUCCAGUAUCAGUUUGACGGAAACUACAACCUGGUUUACGCCGUCAUCCGUAAGAGGAACGUCUUCCACCAUCUCGCCAACCUGCCGUCCGACGGGACAUCCAUUCAGAAGGCGCUGCAGAAAACCAGGAAGUCAAAGAUGAGCCGGAGCAGCUCCACAGAGAACGAGUCCAUGCCGGGUUCUAGACCGGCCGAACCUGCCGAGCCCGGGAAACUCAAAACCAGUUUAGAAGCAACGCCAGGAAUCGACACGAUAACAGAAAAGACGCAAGUGAGCGAGAAUGGCCUCCUGGUGGUCGUCCCUCACUCUGCGGCCGUGGACGUCGGCGCAGUGGGCGGAGCCAACGACACAGAGUCCAACUCGGAGCGAGACCCCGAGGUUUGUCUCACAGACUCAGAGUCGUGCAGGAGUCAGAUGUCGAGCGUGUCGUCGUCAGCGACGACGUGCAGCGCGAGCUCAAACUGGGUGACAUCGUGGAAAGCUAAACUUCCUCUGCAGACGAUCAUGCGGCUGCUGCAGGUGUUAGUGCCUCAAGUAGAGAAGAUUUGCAUCGACAAGGGUUUGACCGACGAGUCAGAAAUCCUGAAGUUCCUUCAGCACGGCACGCUGGUCGGCCUCCUGCCGAUCCCUCACCCCAUCCUCAUCAGGAAGUACCAGGCUAACGCCGGCACGGCCGCGUGGUUCCGCACGUACAUGUGGGGAGUCAUUUAUCUGCGCAACGUGGAUCCUCCAAUCUGGUACGACACGGACAUCAGGCUGUUUGAGAUCCAGAGGAUUUAAAGAUUCUCGUGUCUUUAUUUAAAGAACAAGCGGCGGCCGUCUUUGUUUCAUUUUAAAUGAAUUACUGCAAGUUUUUUCUUUUUGCCACAAAAAUGCUGGAUUUAUUUGAGUUGAAGCAGAAAAAAACUUUUUUAUUUUUACACAUUUUCAGGACUUUUUCCUUCAUCGUCGUCGCA